ACAUGCCAUAAAUGACCUACUAGAAUGCAGGUCAAAAAUUCUUUAUGUGAAUCGGAUCUCUUCCUCUAAAGAAAUUAUUGAAAGUCAAUUCAUAUGACCCAUAUAUUAUUUUUAAGGCAUUGAGAUGGAGAUGAUGAUUCGACCAUAUUGCCACCAGCUGCUAUUGCUAAAAGGGUAUCACCGGUGAUCCGGCAAUAAUAUACAGUAAAAUGAUAAUGUAUAGAAGCUAGAGGUGAUGGUAAGGCAGUCGGUGUGGGAAGUGGAAGAAGAAGGGGUGGGGCCAGGACCCGGGAUCAGACUCUGCUUUGCCCAUGUGACAGGUCUGUCAUUUUCUGUUACUUGAGAGGAAGAAACAGAAUCCUUAUUUUGGCGGUUGGGUGAUGAUGACACAGCAGGACGCAGCUUUUCCAUGUGUAUCUGCAUAACACAAUAACACAGAUUAACCAUCACCCAUCUCUUCUUUUGCUUACAAAAUUGGACUGACUAGUCCAGACAUUUGAUGGGAAAACGACAAACAAAAAUUAAGGGCCGUGGACCUUUUUGUACCCAAUUUCUUCAACCUGCCUUGGAGACGGUCAGGUUGCUUUGACUGGAGUCUUGAGUCUGGACUCUGGAGGUAUGUUUUUGACUCGCAGGUGGCAAAAACAGAACAAACGGAAUUCCCAUAUUUAUAUGAUAAAUAAAUACUCUUAUAUUGGGUUAAGGAGUAUGUAGGAGUGGAAUAAUCUGGAGAAUGGGGCUUCUAGAUCUAUUUUUUGUUGCUUCAAUGCCAGUUAUAAGGGUUCUGUUGCUCACUGCACUUGGGUCAUUUCUUGCCUUAGAUCGUAUUGAUAUAUUGGGCGAUGUUGUAAGGAAGCAAUUAAAUACGGUGGUUCAUGCCAUUAAAUAUCCUUACUGUUUGUAUCAUUGGCUCCGCUCUUGGAUUGCUGCUUGUGAAGACUACCAGAGCUCCUCAACAUCUCAAGGGCCUCAUAUUGGGUUCCUGUGCUGCGGGAAACAUGGGGAACAUGCCUCUAAUUAUUAUCCCAGCAGUAUGCAGAGAGAAAGGCAGUCCGUUUGGAGCACCUGAUGUUUGCCAUACAGUUGCAAUGGCCUAUGCUUCACUUUCUAUGGCGAUUGGAGCUAUUUGCUUGUGGUCUUAUGUUUACAACAUUGUGCGAGUUUUCUCUAGUAAUGCCAGGGAAGGCAUCAACCUACACAAUUCUCCAAUCAAUAUGAACAGGGAAUCACUUCUUGCCUCAGGAGACUGUUCCAUCUCUGAAGAAUAUCCACAUCAAUUUACACUGCAUCACCCUCUGUCUGAGGAAAACUUGCAGGUGGCUAUCGCUGGAAAGAUGAAACAGCUUUUGAGGAAGUUUUCAAGAAAGAUCAACCUUAAGGAACUGUUAGCACCUUCAACCACUGGAGCGAUUGUUGGCUUUAUCAUUGGAAUGGUUCCUCAUCUUCGGAAGUUAAUCAUUGGUGGUACUGCUCCUCUUCAUGUUGUACAAGUAUAA